AUGUUAUCGAUAUUACGCAAGGCGAGACUCAAGGACAAGGAGAUGAGAAUUUUGAUGCUCGGACUGGAUAAUGCUGGCAAGACCACGAUAGUCAAAAGAAUCAUGGGCGAAGAUGUCAAUACUGUGAGCCCAACACUGGGUUUCAUCAUCAAAACUAUUGAGCACUCUGGUUACAAGCUGAACAUUUGGGAUGUUGGUGGUCAAAAGACUCUCCGAUCAUACUGGAGAAACUAUUUUGAGAAGACUGAUGCUUUGAUAUGGGUGGUUGAUGCCACUGACCAUCUACGUAUUGAAGAUUGCAAGGAAGAGUUGCAUGCUUUACUGCAGGAAGAGCGACUUUCUGGGGCGAGUCUUCUUGUAUUUGCCAACAAGACAGAUGUUAAUGGCUGCAUGACCAAGACCGAAAUAAAAGAUAUGUUGGUGCUAGAUGAAAUUCGGACGCACAAAUGGCACAUCAUUAAUUGCAGCGCGAUCACAGGCGAUAAUUUGGACGAAGGACUGACUUGGGUUGUCGAGGACUCCAAGGAACGAUUAUUUCUAUAUUGA